AUGGAAGGCAAGAAUGAUGAACAAAGUCACAUCCUUGUUCUCUUUUAUCCAGUUCAAGGUCAUAUGAACCCAAUGCUUCAGUUCUCCAAGCGCCUAGCUGCCAAGGGUCAAAAGGUCACAAUGGUCUCAACAACCCCUGCUAGCAAAACCAUGAAACCAGGUUCCUUCAGACGUAAUCUGAAUAUCGAAAUUAUUUCCGAUGGGUCCGAACAAACUCCGCAAGGGUCGUCUGAAUCUUUGGAGAAAUCUGUACAGCGUUGCGAAACUGAAAUUCCGAAAUCUCUUAAUCAGCUGAUCAAGAACAUCAAGAACAAUAGUGAAGAAAAUGGAAAGUACCCGCUCAAGUUCCUGGUUUACCACUAUAGCAUGCCUUGGGCUUUCAACAUAGCGCGAGAGCAUGGCAUAGAUGCCGGUCCAUUUUAUACAACUCCUGCGUCAGUUAAAACCAUAUGUUACCAGUAUCACAAAGGAAUAUUAAAACUUCCCUUGGAAAACCCUACAACAAAAUUGCCUUCCCUUCCACCAUUACAACUUGAAGAUUUACCAUCUUUUCUCUCAGACCCUAAUACUGACCCAGCUUUCAUUAAACUUGCCAUGCGACAAUUUACAAAUUUGAGCGAAGUAAGAUGGAUCUUCCAUAGCACUUUCGAAAAACUGGAACAUGAGGUACUAGAAUGGAUGGCAAACCAAAACUUACCGGUCAAGGCGAUCGGACCAACAGUUCCGUCAAUGUAUUUGGAUAAUAGGUUGGAGGAUGACAAAGACUACGGUCUUAACCUUUUCGAGCCUAAUGUGGAAAUAUGCAUGAAUUGGUUAGACUCCAAGGAAGCAGGUUCAGUCGUUUAUGCAUCAUUCGGUAGUUUAGCCAACCUGACUCAGGAACAAUUUGAAGAACUAGCAUGGGGUCUAUGUAACAGCAACCACAGCUUCUUAUGGGUAGUCAGAGAAUCAGAAAAGGAAAAGCUCCCCGCUAACUUCGAAGGCCAGAUAGCAGAGAAAGGUCUUGUAGUAACUUGGUGCAAACAACUCCAGGUUUUAUCUCACAAGGCUGUAGGAUGCUUUCUUACUCACUGUGGAUGGAACUCUGCACUUGAAGCUUUGAGCUUAGGAGUACCAAUGGUGGGAAUGCCGCACCAAGCCGAUCAUCCAACUGUUGCGAAAUAUGUCAAGGAUGUGUGGAAAGUAGGAGUUAGGGUAAAGGUGAACGAGGGCUCUGUGAUGAAAGAAGAAAUAAGUGCGUGUAUUAAGAAAGUCAUGGACAAAGACGAAGGGAAGGAGUUUAGAAACGCUGCACUAGUUUGGAAGGAAUUGGCUAGAGAGGCGAUGGAAAUGGGCGGAAGCUCUGAUAAGAACAUUGAGGAAUUUCUGUCCAAAAUCAAGUCAACUUAA